UCCCUGAUCCCUGGCUGCUGCCCUCUCCUGGAGCCGCGCCCUCCCGACAUGAGCCUUGCAGCAGCUGCUCUGCUCCGCUGCGCCCUGCCCCUGCUGCUGGGGGGCUUGGCCCUCGGGCUGGGGGGAUCCCCCAGGGAGGAAGGGGUCAGCGGGAGCCCAGCUGGACAGCAGCAGGAGCUGCCCACCGUGGUGAUCGCCAUCCUGGCCCGCAACUCGGAGCACUCGUUGCCCCAUUAUCUGGGGGCUCUGGAGCGCUUGGACUACCCCAAGGAGCGCAUCUCCAUCUGGUGUGUGACAGAUCACAACAUAGACAACACGACAGAGAUCCUGAGGGAGUGGCUGGUGGCCACGGAGAAGCACUACCGCCAUGUCAAGUGGAGGGCAGUGGAGGAGCCCAGCUCAUACCCCAAUGAACUGGGCCCCAAGCACUGGACAAAUGAGCGCUACGAAAACCUCAUGAAGCUGAAACAGGAGGCUCUGAGCUUUGCGCGGGAGCAGUGGGCUGACUACAUUCUGUUUGCAGAUACUGACAGUGUCCUGACAAACAACCAGACCCUGAAGUUCUUGAUCGCCCAGAACAAAUCGGUGAUUGCACCGAUGCUGGACUCCCAGACCUACUACUCCAACUUCUGGUGUGGGAUAACCCCUCAGGGUUACUACCGCAGGACAGCGGACUACUUCCCCACCAAGAACCGCCAGCGCCUGGGCUGCUUUGCCGUGCCCAUGGUGUACGCCACCUUCCUGAUCGACCUGCGGAAAGACGGCACCGCCAAGCUUGCCUUCCACCCACCCCAUCCCAACUACACCUGGGCCUUUGAUGACAUCAUCGUCUUUGCCUACUCCUGCCAAGCAGCGGACAUUGAGGUGUAUGUGUGCAACCAGGAGCGGUUUGGCUACAUCAAUGUCCCAGUGAAGUCUCAUCAGACGCUGGAGGAUGAACGCAUCAACUUUGUGCACCUCAUCCAGGAAGCCAUGGUGGAUGGUCCCCCAAUGUCCCGCUCCGAUCAUAUUUACACGAGACCCAAGCUCCUCAGUAAAAUGGGCUUUGAUGAGAUUUUCCUGAUCAACUUGGCACGACGGCCGGAUCGGCGCCAGCGGAUGCUGAGUGCCCUGCUGGAGCUGGAAGUGGAGCCAUUGGUGGUGGAGGCCGUGGAUGGGAGUGCCCUGAACAGCAGUGACAUUAAGAAGCUGGGUGUGGACCUGCUCCCAGGAUACUACGAUCCAUUCUCUGGCAGGACGCUCACCAAGGGGGAGGUUGGCUGCUUCCUCAGCCAUUACUACAUCUGGAAGGAGAUCGUGGCACGGGGGCUGGGGACGGCGGUCGUGUUUGAAGACGACGUGCGCUUUGAGGGCUACUUCAAGCAGCGGCUGCAGAGGCUUAUGGGAGAGCUGGAGUGGGCAAAGCUGGACUGGGACCUGAUCUACCUGGGCAGGAAGCAGGUGCAGUCUGAGGAUGAGGAGCCGGUGGAGGACGUGAGAAACCUGGUGGUGCCGUCAUAUUCCUAUUGGACCCUGGCCUACAUCAUCUCCCAGCAGGGAGCCCAGAAGCUGAUCAACGCCAAGCCCCUGGGCAAAAUGCUGCCCGUGGAUGAGUUCCUGCCCAUCAUGUACGACAAGCACCCAAACCAGGAUUACAAGAAGCAUUUUGCCAGGCGAGACCUGGCGGUGUACUCAGUGCAUCCCCUGCUGGUGCAGCCCACUCACUACACUGGGGACGCCCAGUGGCUCAGCGACACGGAGACCUCCACCAUCUGGGAUGACGACUCCCGGAAGACGGACUGGAGCGGCUCGCAGAAGACGCUGAAGCACUCCCGAGGCCAUGCCGGCCACUCGUUCCGCUCAGCCGCCAGAGAUGAGCUCUGACAUUGCCUGGGAGGCUUCCUGUUCCUUGAGCCUGACAAAGGGAGCGUUGUGGGCCACUCUGCCCAGCAGCAGACUCCACUGGUUCCCAGCUGAGAGGUGCAGCUGCAGCCACCGACCGAAAGCGGGUAUGGGCCUUGGUGCAUCGCCUCCAUUCACAGGGACAUGCUCCAGCAAGACUUUGCACCAAGGACCAUGCUGGGCUCUCCAGAUGCCUGCGAGAUCUCUCUGCUGAGCAGUGAUACUUUUGGACUAGUCCUUUGCAGGCUACUACUUCUCACUCCCUACCUCCUUGUGGAGUCUGCCUGGAUGAGCAGGACGGGUCUGAAUUGUGCAGGGCCCAACCAUUCCCAGGAGGCUGCCUGGCUGCGGGGAUCCAUCAGAGCUGCUGUGUAGUAUUAUUCUUGUAGUGCUUGUUUGGACAUCGGUGUAUGUGGUCAGGUCCUUCUCCUGUUCCAGCAGAAUCACCUCCUUCUCUUCACCCUGGACAGAUACAGCUGUCACCAUAGGUGCUUUGGUGGAAAGGAGAUGAGAUGCUAAGGAGACGGGUGCCAAGGAAAUGCCUAUGAGGGCACAGAUUUCCAAAGAGGAUGGAGCACAGGCCAGAAGGGCAGAAGCUGUCUCAGCUGACUGUAGCUCAGGGUUAUGCUUUCCUUGGGUGAUGCUCUGCCAGGCUCAUCUGUCACCUGCACUGGUUCUUGAUGGACGUGAGUGAACCAGGAGGAGGAUUAAAGCCGACUCUAUUUAAGCUUG